UAACAAACGUGGGCUCAUCUGCUUUGGGUGGUAUUGUUGGAUCAAAUCCUUCCGAUGAAAAAGCCGCGGAAGACAAACGUAGUCCGUCGUCGAACCAACCUAAUCUUUCAUCGAUCCAAACUGAAUCUCAAGAUAGUUCUAAUCGUAAUGAUGAGAGCAUUCUAACAAAAGUAACAAACAUGGGUUCAUCUGCUUUGGGUAGUGUUGUUGGAUCAAAUGAUAAAGCCGCGGAAAGCCAACGUAGUCCUUCAUCAAACCAACAUAAUGAUGAGAGCUUUAUAACAAAAGUAACAAACAUGGGCUCAUCUGCUUUGGGUGGUAUCGUUGGAUCAAAUCCUUCUGAUAAUACAGCCACGGAAGGCCAACAUAAUCCUUCUUCUAACCAACCUGACGAUGAGAGCUAUCUCACAAAAGUGACAAAUAAGGGAUCAUCCGCUUUGGGUGGUAUCGUUGGAUCAAAUCCUUCCGAUA